AAGAGGGUUGGUGACAGAGCAGCAGAGGAGCCAAAGGAGCAACUUGCUGCCUCAGCUGCUUCAGCUAAGAGAGGACCACACCAGCUGUAGGAGACGUUGGCGCUAAUACACAUUGUUCCUCUGUUGUUCAUCUAACUGAAGAGUUGGAACUGUGAAGUUCAUAAAAAAGGAAGACGGCUCCAGGGGAGACUGACCUACAGGCUUCUGUAGCACAUGUCAAAGGGACUGCCACAUCAAUGAGGACACCUGGUAUGGCGGUAUUCAAGCAGGAGAAUGUGGAGGACUUUUAUGAAAUUGUAGAAGAACUUGGAAGUGGGCAGUUUGCAGUUGUCAAGCGUUGUAAAGAGAAGAGCACAGGCACUGCAUACGCUGCCAAGUUCAUCAAGAAGCGCCAGAGUCGGGUCAGCAGACGGGGUGUGAAAAGAGAGGAGAUAGAGAGAGAGGUUGACAUCCUGCAGCAGAUCCAGCACCCAAAUAUUGUAGAGCUGCAUGACGUGUUUGAGAACCGCACAGAUGUGGUGCUCAUCCUCGAACUGGUCUCCGGUGGGGAGCUCUUUGAUUUCCUGGCUCGGAAAGAGUCUCUCAGUGAGGAGGAGGCCACUCAGUUUAUUAAACAGAUACUAGAUGGGGUGCAGUACCUCCACUCGAAGGGGAUUGCACAUUUCGAUUUGAAGCCUGAAAACAUAAUGCUGCUGGACAGGAGCGUCCCUCUACCACGUAUUAAAAUCAUAGAUUUUGGACUGGCACACAAAAUAGAACCUGGGGUAGAUUUCAAAAACAUUUUCGGCACGCCUGAAUUUGUGGCUCCAGAGAUAGUCAACUAUGAGCAGCUAGGACUGGAGGCAGACAUGUGGAGCAUCGGAGUCAUCACCUAUAUACUUUUGAGCGGCCUCUCGCCUUUCCUCGGUGACACAAAGCAGGAAACGCUGGGAAAUAUCUCAGCAGUGGACUACGACUUUGAUGAAGAGUUUUUCAGUAAUACCAGCGAGCUGGCCAAGAGCUUCAUCAGGCAGCUACUGCAAAAGGACACGAGAAAACGGAUGACCAUCCAAGAUGCCUUAAAUCACCCGUGGAUUAAGCCUCUGAAUCCCAGGCAGGCCAUGGAGAAGAGGCUUUCAGUAAUCAACUUGGAGAACUUUAAGAAGCAGUACGCCAGACGCCGCUGGAAGCUGUCCUUCCGAAUUGUGGCUUUGUGCAACCACUUAACAAGGAUUAUGAAGAAGGGUCAGAAGCUGCCUGAAGAAGAUAAGAGGGAUUGUGAAAGUGACCAAGAGGAGGAAAUUCUGAAGAGAAGGCCCAGGACCAGAAAGAGAAGCAGCACUUCCUGAAAGAGUAUUAGUUAAACCCUAUUUCGCAUGUAAAACAAUGACUCUGCACCUUUUUUGAGGCACACUCCGCAGCUGUGCAGCAACCGCAUGUAUUUGAGUUACGGCUGUUUGAGGCGACCUCAGGGUUAGUUUUUGACAAACGGAGCACAUUUUCUGCUGCGUCUCACAAAGAGCAGAGACACUUCUGAAAUGAAAGUUACUUUUGGCAGAAGAAUAUGUAGAGCAGCUAUAUUGUUGACAGUGACUCUUUGUGGGUAUUCAUACUUGCAAGAGAAUGCAGAGGUCUUCUUCUCAUGACUGCAGCCUCAAAAGUGCUUCAGCAGCCGUCUGUUGAUAGUCACACUUUUUUUUUGGUUUUCCUUCACUGGCUACAUGUUGGUGCUGCUGUCUAAAGUAUCAAGAAUUUAAAAUGUUUUGGCCUCCGGAGGAUGACAAAUUGGUAGCAGAUCUUUGUAACCAAAUGUUUACACAUUAUUCUGCACACAGCCCUGUCUGUGCAAACAGUGUUUACCAUUUUCCUGUACAUUUUGCCAGCUCAGCAAUAAUCAUCCUUAGCCUGUAUACAAUUCAGAGCCAUCUGUUUACUGUAUGCUUGUAAAUUAUCAUAUAUCAGCCACCUUUUAUCUGAUGUGUACAUAAAGAUGCCAUAUAAAUCUUUACAUGUGAAGCUAAUUUUGCCAUUUUAAAAUGAAUGCUAUAACGUGAUGUAUUUAUGGUGUAAAUAGAGGCUCUGUAGCUCCAACAAAUGUCUUAAGUUUACUUCAACCUUCGUCUGGGCUCCUCAUAGUAGUGUUCAUAGUUUCAAACAAAUUUAAUGCUAUUCUUGUAUGAACUGAAACUUGGCUUAAUAAAACAGAAAAAUAUUG